GUCAGUACGCCCGCUGUGACCGAUGAGGUUGCUGUCACUACUGCAGCCUCUGUGACUGGCGAGGUGACCAUUUCCACCGCAGCUGGGGAAGCUCCGGGCAGAGACAAGGAUGACUCUGAUGCUACCACCCAGGUCGCUACAGAGGCUGCGACUGUUCCGACUACGAUCGAUGCUCCUGUUGAGCCUACUACUAUAACGUCCCCUUCGCCGGUCAGCACAGCUGCUGUGACCGAUGAGGUUGCUGCUACCACUGCAGCUCCUGUGACUGGCGAGGUGGCCAUUACCACGGCAGCUGGGGAAGCUCCCAGCAGAGACAAGGAUGAUUCUGAUGCUACCACCCAGGUCGCUACAGAGGCUGCGACUGUCACGACUACGAUCGAUGCUUCUGUUGAGCCUACUACUAUAACGUCCCCUCUACUGGUCAGCACAGCUGCUGUGACCGAUGAGGUUGCUGCUACUACUGUGGAGACGACCGAUUCCGAGACUACUCUCAGUCCGAUUGUGUAG